AUGAACCCACAGCAGAUGGAGCAGAUGGGGCAGUUCAGGAUAACUGUCUGGGAGGAGGAGAACUUCCAGGGCAAGCGCUGCGAGUUCAUACUGGAGUGUCAGAACAUCAUGGAGAGGGGCUUCCGAAAGAUACGCUCCAUCAAGGUGGAGAACGGCCCUUGGGUGGGGUAUGAGUAUCCUGAAUUCCAGGGACAACAGUUUAUGUUGGAGAAGGGAGACUAUCCUUGCUUUGAGGCCUGGAGUGGGAACAGCGGCUACAGAACUGAGCACUUACUCUCCUUCAGACCCGUCAAAUGUGCUAAACACAGUGACAGUAAGGUGACUUUAUAUGAGUGCCAAGACUUCCAGGGACGAAAGUUUGAAAUGUGCGAUGACUACCCCUCCUUGCAGGCUAUGGGCUGGUGUAACAAAGAAGUUCCUUCAAUAAAAAUCAAUUCAGGAGCCUGGGUGGCCUAUCAGUUCCCCGGUUACCGUGGAUACCAGUAUAUCCUGGAAAGAGACAGACACCAAGGGGAGUACAGAAACUACAUGGAGUACAGCACGCAGGCUCACACCAAUCAGGUCCAGUCUAUUCGCAGGAUUCAACACUAAGUCCACCUCAUAUUUUCCAUCAGGGCAAUCAUGUACCUAUCAUGGUAUGACUUGUAUUAAACUAGGCAAUAAAGGCUUGAUUCAAAAUAUGGAACAGAGUGCUUGUGGCCAUUCCUUGCUUUUGAAAAUUCCCUCCGAUGCCCAAGAUACGGACCUGCCAGAUAAACUUUACACCGAUAGCCUGUGGUAGAACCGUAAAAUAAGCAGUCCUCAUUUAUUUAUAAAUGAAUAAACCAUGUUUAAGCAUUUUUUAAAUCAAAAUGAAUACAUAUAUGAGUUAUUUGGAAUAUUUUUAGUUUGUAGUAAGCAUAUAUAGUCUAUUCUUUGUAUAAACUGAUGAAGAAAGGUUGCGUUGUUGGUAAAACGUACCAUGAGAGGAUUUAAACUUGAUGCAGCCUUUUGUUCAUGUUAGAAAUAGGAUGUACAUUGUUGCUGUCAGAUUGUACUUUAUUACCAA